AUGGCUUCCAUGGCAGACAACAAGAACAACAGCUACAACCGCCAGAUGGGCAACUAUGGCACGGGCAACAUGUACGGCAACCAGUACGCCGCUCGCGGACAACCCUAUGGAGGCAUGCAUCACAAUCCGAACGCAGACCUCUCGACGCUCGCUCAUGGUUUCCAAGGCAUGAACCUGCAGAACCAGACCUUCGCCGCCCAGGCCAAGACUGCCAUGACCACUUCUGGUGCUGCCAAUUACAGCGGGAUGCCUAUCGCCAGCCUGCCAACCGCCUACUACGGUGGCGCCGCUCAAUAUGCCUACCCUAAUGGCUACAACAACGCUGCCACUACUGCCCACACGCAGAGCAUGUACACACCUCACGCAAGCCAAUUCAUUCCCCAGAUGAACUACCAAGGCUAUCAGCAGCAGCAUGACAACAGCCCAUUGUCCCAGAACUGGACGCCGACCACUGUUGCCACCGCGGAGGUUCCGACGCUUAUCACUCCUCGCCGUGACUCGAUCUCCUCCAACGAGAAUGAUCAGCCUGCCACUCCUUCGUACGCCAGCUACCCGAAUUUUGCCCACGGUGCCGUCGCCAUUAACCGCUCUCCCAGUGGUGUCUUCACUCACAGCACACCCUCGCCGACUUCUAUGAUGGGUCCUUACGGCAUGUCCGUGGCCAAGCAGCCAGAGAUGGGCGACGUCUCUCCACGCAUCAAGCUCUUGCUCUCUCGUGAGCCUGCCAUUCCACGUGCUAUCCCGGCCCCAUCGUCACCGCUCAAGCCUCUGGAUCGUGCUCUGGAGAACCAACGUGGUGAGACCAACGUCUACAUCCGUGGACUGCUGCCGGAGACCACCGACAAGAUGCUUGAGACUUGGGGCACGCGUUUUGGUGAUAUCAAGAGCUCCAAGUCCAUCAUCGACAUGAACAAUGGGUUGUGCAAAGGCUUUGGUUUCGUCAAGUAUCACAACUACGAGGAUGCUGAGAACUGCAUUCGUGGGUUCCACUAUCUUGGGUAUGAAGUCAGCUUCGCUCGGACCGAACAGGAGUCGUUCUACUCCAAGCUCAAGACCUUCGCCAACGAUGAUAACACCAACUUGUACGUCUCAAAUCUGCCGAAGACCAUGAACGAGCACGAGCUUGCCAACCUGUUUGCUCCACACAAUGUCUGCUCUACACGAAUCCUUCGCGACAAGAACGGCCAUGGCCGCGGUGUUGGCUUCGCCCGCUUCGAUUCUCGUGAGGUCUGCGAGGAGGUCAUCAGGACUUUCAACAACCACGCGAUCAAGGCCAACGACGAGGAUCUUCAGAUUCAAAUCCGUUUCGCCGACACCCAGGAGCAGAAGUCACUCAAGCAGCAGACUCAGGCUGCUCGCCAAUUCCGUUCUGCUGAGUACGAGUACGCCACCCAGGCAUGGCGUCAAGGCCGCAUCCCCUUUGCCGGGACCACCAUCAACGAUACUGCAGGCGCGAACGAGUUCGAGCAGUAUUUGGGCACCACGGCCAGUGCUCCUGGUCAAGGCCAACGCUGGGCUCAGUCUGUCAUCAAGCAAGGUCCUGGCCGCAGCCCACUCGGUGGAACUGCUCCAUACACAGGCGACAAUGGUGCUGCUGGGGAGGGUCUGAAGCCCACGCAUGAUGAAGCCGCCGACAGCAAGCCUGCUACUACCUCGGGUGGUGUCCCUGUCGUCAGCCCUGUCGACUCUGCCACUGCCAACGAGCAGGAGUAG